AUGCUGGACGCCUGGAAGUUCUUCGAGACGAUUAAGCCCGAGUGGCUACUCAUCGAGGCGCGGCUGCUGGGCAUGCCGCUGCGGUUGGUCUGGAUGUUGAUUGAGCUAUACAGGCAGCCGAGGCGGCUGCAAGCUUUCGGCUCGGUGUCCUACGCGGUCGUGUCACAUCAGGGCGUGCUCGCAGGAUGCACUCACGCCUGUGCCAUGGUCACCUUGCUCAUGUUCAGGCUGCUCGAGCAGGUGCGAGAUGCAGGCGUCACCCCGAGGGCCCUCAUCGACGACGUCACCUUGCAGUGGCGCGGGAGGCGGCUCUCGCAACUGGGCGUGCUUUGGGCGGCCACCACCAGGUUCCGAGAGGGCGCCCAAGAGCGAGGCAUUGUCGUGCAGCCCACCAAGUCGGGCUACUUGGUCUCAUCGGACGCGGCUGCUCGCGAGUGUGCCCGACACGCGGCGGCCCGCAAGCUGACCAAGAUGCGCUGGGCCCGCAACCUGGGGCACGAUCUGGGCGGGCGCAGAAUCGCUAGGCUCCAGACGGCAAAGCGGGUGCGGCAGCUCAAGGAGCGGCGCGGCAAGUUGGCAGCUUUCAGAGGGGCA